AUGACUGAAGUCCUUCUCUCUGCUGCUCUGAAUGGAACUGAACCCAACCUGUUAUCCAGCAGUGGCUGGUCUGCGGGAAACGUCACCACCAAGUGUUCCCUGACCAAAACCGGCUUCCAGUUCUAUUACUUGCCCACCGUCUACAUUCUGGUCUUCAUCACUGGGUUUUUGGGCAACAGUGUGGCCAUCUGGAUGUUUGUCUUCCACAUGAAGCCGUGGAGCGGCAUCUCAGUUUACAUGUUCAACUUGGCACUGGCUGAUUUCUUGUAUGUCUUGACUCUGCCCGCCCUCAUCUUUUACUACUUCAACAAAACAGACUGGAUCUUCGGAGAUAUUAUGUGCAAGCUGCAGAGGUUCAUCUUCCACGUGAACCUGUAUGGCAGUAUUCUGUUCCUAACCUGCAUUAGUGUGCACAGGUACACGGGAGUGGUGCACCCCCUGAAGUCUCUGGGGAGGCUGAAGAAGAAGAACGCUGUGUACAUCAGCAGCCUGGUCUGGGUCCUGGUGGUGGCUGCAAUUUCUCCCAUACUCUUCUACUCGGGAACGGGAAUAAGGAAAAAUAAAACCACGACAUGCUACGACACAACAGCCGACGAUUACCUGAGAAGUUACUUCAUUUACAGCAUGUGCACCACAGUGCUGAUGUUCUGCAUCCCCUUCAUAGUGAUUCUUGGUUGCUAUGGGCUCAUCGUGAAAGCUUUGAUUUACAAAGAUUUGGACAAUUCUCCUCUCAGGAGAAAGUCCAUUUACCUGGUUAUUAUUGUGUUGACAGUCUUUGCCGUGUCUUACCUUCCCUUCCACGUGAUGAAGACCUUAAACCUAAGGGCCAGGGUGGAUUUUCAGACUCCAGAUAUGUGUGCCUUCAACGAUAAGGUUUAUGCCACUUACCAAGUGACGAGGGGCCUGGCCAGCCUCAACAGCUGCGUCGACCCCAUCCUGUACUUCCUGGCAGGUGACACCUUCCGAAGGAGGCUCUCCAGGGCCACCAGGAAAUCGUCCAGAAGGAGCGAGCACAACGUGCAGUCCAAGAGCGAGGAAAUGACUCUCAAUAUUUUAUCAGAGUAUAAACAGAAUGGAGAUACCAGUUUGUGAACAAACGCGGAAGAUUUGGGAAAAAUCCUCCGCUUUGAGGCAGUAGGAGACUGUAGGGCUACAAGUGUGUGAGGAAAUCUACCAGUCUCUCAAAUUCCUUUUAGGUAAAGCCUCGUUUUCUCAUCUUAGGAAAAGCUUAACAAAGUGGAAGGAUUUUCAUGAAAAAAUAACAUGUUGAAAUUCAGCUUUCCUUCAAUAGUCUCAUUUCUUUCUGACUUGUGUCAGAUAAAGUAAAAUGAAGUAAAUCCCCU